AUGGCGGCCGAGAUCCACGCCAGGCCGCAGAGCAGCCGGCCCGUCCUGCUCAGCAAGGUCGAGGGGCACCAGGACGCGGUGAGCGCCGCCCUCCUCAUCCCCAAGGAGGACGGGCUCAUCACCGCCAGCGAGGACAGAACAAUUCGAGUAUGGCUGAAAAGGGACAGUGGCCAAUACUGGCCCAGCAUUUACCACACAAUGUCAUCUCCUUGUUCAGCUAUGGCUUAUCAUCAUGACAGCAGAAGAAUAUUUGUAGGCCAGGAUAAUGGUGCCAUUAUGGAAUUCCAUAUCUCAGAAGACUUUAAUAAGAUGAACUUUGUCAAGACGUACCCAGCUCAUCAAAAUCGGGUGUCGGCUGUCAUUUUCUGCCUGGGAGCAGAGUGGGUUAUCAGUACUGGCCAUGACAAGUGUGUCAGCUGGAUGUGCACCAGGAGUGGGAAUAUGCUGGGAAGACAUUACUUCACCUCUUGGGCUUCAUGUUUACAAUAUGACAUUGAAACCCAGCAUGCCUUCGUUGGGGACUACUCUGGACAGAUCACGCUGCUGAAGCUUGAACAGAACAAAUGCACGGUUAUCACAACGCUCAAAGGGCAUGAAGGAAGUGUUGCUUCCCUGUGGUGGGAUCCUGUUCAACGGCUACUCUUCUCUGGAGCAUCUGAUCACAGCAUUAUUCUGUGGGAUAUUGGUGGAAGGAAAGGCCGAACAUUGCUGCUUCAGGGCCAUCAUGACAAGGUGCAGGCCAUUUGUUACAUUCAGCUGACACGGCAACUGGUCUCAUGUUCAGCUGAUGGAGGAAUUGCCGUUUGGAAUAUGGAUAUCAGCAGAGAAGAGGCUCCUCAGUGGUUAGAAAGUGAUUCUUGUCAGAAAUGUGAACAGCCUUUCUUCUGGAAUAUAAAGCAGAUGUGGGACACAAAGACACUAGGGUUGAGACAGCAUCACUGCAGGAAAUGUGGUCAAGCAGUGUGUGGCAAGUGCAGCACUAAGCGGUCCAGCUACCCAAUCAUGGGCUUUGAGUUCCAGGUCCGUGUCUGUGACUCUUGCUUUGAGUCAAUCAAAGAUGAAGAUCGUACUUCCCUGGCAACUUUUCAUGAAGGAAAACACAACAUUUCCCACAUGUCUAUGGACAUUUCUAGGGGACUAAUGGUGACCUGUGGGAGUGAUCGGAUUGUGAAGAUAUGGGACAUGACGCCAGUAGUUGGUUGCAGCCUUGCAACCGGCUUCUCCUCACGCUGACUUAGGACCUGACAGGUUCAUGCACCUUAUGUACAGCAACAUGCACCGAAUGAAUGAAAUCCCUCCUAGGAAUAUCGUCACAAAAGCACUGGAUCCUUUUUCUCUUGCUCUUCCAGGAUGGACAGUCGCCUUAAUAGAGCAAAGCUCUUCUAUAGGCUUCAACGGGAAUCACCUUGAUGCAGAAAUGCAAUUUCCCAGCCUGUUGAUGUAACAUAAAAUGGCUUACCUGCAACAUGACACUGCGAUAAAAGGAUCUGUCAUAACUUGGUUUACAUGUAGUGUUAACAAUGUGCUUUCUCUGCUGAAAUAUCUUGUACAGUAGCUAAAGGAUUAUCAGAGUAAAAUGAGUUUAGUUUUUUCGAAUUUGUGCAAAUAGUAAAUACUUACUGUCCCUUCCAGUAAGCAGUCCCCCAUUGAACUCUUUGCCUGGGUGCAGCUGUUUAGGCUGCCUCCAAAAGGAGUAUUGGUUAUAACUUUGGAAGAAGGAAAGACUUAUUUUUUUAAGCAAUGUUUGAAUUAAGGGGCAGGUGUUCCCUCUCUCUUGAAGUGGC